AUGCCUCCGUUCUGGGAGUUGAGGGCACUGCGAACGCUCGAGCACCGGAUUGUGAACGCUGUUCUCAAGCGGCUGUUUACCUUCCAGUGCGUCGCCGACGACAUCGAUCGCACCCUGUCUUCCUCCUUCCCAGAAAGCCCCUUUCCAGGAGAGUCCGGGACUCUCGCUCUGCCAGAAGACACCUUCCACGUCGAGCAACUUAAAUGGGCUGCAUGCAUCGUUUCCUCGCGGAGUUUCCGCGUCGACUGCGCGGCGUCCGUGGCGCUCGUGCCUCUCCUCGACCUGAUCAACUGCGGAGGGAAGGGCGAGGUAGCCCCAAACGCGAAAGUGACAACAUGGGAUCGAAAAGGUCCCCGCCACUCCGGAGACAGGCGAAGCGCCGUGUCAGAGGCUAGAGCUCUGCAGACGGCUGCCGGUGACAGCGAGACGGCUCGGCGUUUCGAGACGGAAGCUCUCCGUGAAGAGAGAGAGGAGAGGGCUUUUGAAGACGGCGUUGGGAUUGUGGCAACCAGGGACAUUCACGCUGGAGAAGAAAUCCGCAUCUCCUACGGCGAGGACACCGACCGGCUCUUGCUCAACUACGGAUUCUUCGAUGCCGCUCCUCGAGUGAUGAAGACAAACGUCUUCUUCUCUGCGACGCUGGUGCGAGCGGCGCUGGCUGCAACGGAGGUUCCAGAUCUGCUGAUGCUCUCGGGGUUCGGGGGCCUUCCUCCGCGUCAGUCAGCGGCGCUGAGAGCGCUUCGCUUGAUUCCUGAUCCGACGCUGCCACCGACGGCCGCCCCGCGGUUCUCCCCCCUCGUGGACGUUUUCGCCGGCGAGCCUGUUGUCGAAGGCAGGCUCUUGGCGGCCGCGCGGGUUUUGAUGCUGGACGAAGACACCCUAGGCUCCGAGAUCGACGUCGAGACGGCGGCGGACUGGGAAAGGCCCUUCUCUGCAGAAAACGAGCGGCGCGCAUGCGAGUUCCUCGUCAGUUUGUUGAGGCACGAGCAUCACAGAACCCACUCCGCGUCUCUGGAAGAAGACUCGGAAAUCUUGGCAACUCGGCGCAUGCCCACGGGGGAGGUGGCCUUCGGAAAAGCGCCGUUUGAGCCGCUGACCGCGCCCCGCGAAGUCGCGCUUCGCUUUCGCAUGCAUCGCAAACGCAUUCUGCGAGAGGCCAUUGCCUGCCUCCUCAUGCGCCAUCGGAAGAUAGGGGAAGACGCUGUGAAGCCCGAAGCCUGA